AUGCUCACCACCAUCCUCGCCCGCCUCACCCGCCCCUUCACAACCGCCUCCCGCCUCUCCAUCGCCCCCGAAUCCCCAUCAGGCUCGUCACCCUCCUCCUCGUCCUCCUCCUCCAUCCCCGAGGGCGCCGAGCGCUGCACCCUCGCCGCGGGCUGCUACUGGGGCACCGAGCACCUCUACCGCAAGCACUUCACCGGCAAGGGCCUCAUUGACGCAAAAGUCGGCUUCAUCGGCGGCGACCUCGAGAACCCUUCGUACCGCGCCGUCUGCGGCGGAAAGACUGGUCACGCCGAAGCCGCAGACAUCAUCUUCGACCCAACCCAAGUCUCGUACCGCCAGCUCCUCGAGUUCUUCUACCGCAUGCACGACCCCACGACGCUCAACAAGCAAGGCCCCGACACGGGCCCGCAGUACCGCUCGGGAAUCUACUUCCACUCGCCCGAGCAGGAGCGCAUCGCGCGCGAGGUCACCGACAAGGUCAACAGCCAGUGGUGGGGCGGCAAGGUCGUCACCGAGAUUGUGCCCGCGGGCAAGUGGUGGACCGCCGAGGAGUACCAUCAGCUGUAUCUGGAGAGGAACCCGGACGGGUAUGAGUGCCCGAGUCAUUAUCUGAGGCCGUUUAAGGACUUGGAGUGAAUUGUUUUUGGUGUGAGGAUGGGGGGACGGGGAAUGAGGAUGACGUUGUGAAGAGAGGGAACGAGGAGGAGGAGAAGAAGAAGGAGAAGAAGGAGAAGAAGGACGAUAUGAAGAGGAGGACGAUGUGAAGAGGAGGACGAUGUGAAGAGGAGGACGAUGUGAAGAGGAGGACGAUGUGAAGAGGAGGACGGUGUGAAGAGGAGGGUAUGAAGUCGAGCAUAUGAAGACGAGGAUGCGAAUAGGAAAGGGGGGCGGGAUGGAGUUUAUCAUUCAACAUUAUACCCAUUUG